CGCCAUUAAAACUAAAGAAGAAGAAGAAGUAGACGUUUAUCGCGAGAACUCCAGAUUGCGUCCUUGCUAAAGCCGAAAUGGGGUACUGGGACAUACCAGAGGGCACUGCCUGCGUGCAGAAAACAUGGAUCAGUACAAAGCUAGGCACAGCUUUGGGCAUGGUUGGUUCAGCCUACCACCUUGUGGCAGUCCAGCCUGAAUCUACAAUGGCAGGGCUACAGAGGGCCACCAACAUAACUGUAUCCUUGGCCACCAUGGGGGCGGUCUUCGGCAUGGCGACUUGCCUCAGUGCUCAGGCUCGUGACGCUCCAGAUGACCCUUUCAACUACUUCGUCGGGGGGUGUGCCUCUGGGAUCUUCAUUGGAGCCAGAACCCACAGUGCUAUAACCGGGACGUCAGCCUGUCUGGGUCUCGGUGUGUUGGCCUUCUACACUAAAGUGGGCAAGAUGGAGGGAUGGAAGCUGGCAGGACCUCCCAUACGAUGAGCGGAAGAUGCUACGUUUAACCCUGUUGUAAAAAGAGUUUAUGUAAUAAAGUACCAGUUAUUGAUGUUAGUCGUAUUACAGUAAUAUUCUACAUUACACAUAGAUUAAAACAUAGAGGUAUAUGUAGAGUGACAUGCAUUGUCCUCAUCGAAAAACAGCAAUGCCAAUCUACUCAGUAAUGUACAUGGGGCUAUAAAACUAGUCGCCAAAGACCCCACCGUCUCAACCACCGGCAGUGACCCAGAUGGAGCAACACCAUCUAAACAGCCAAAAAACGAUCUUUUUAAAUCGCAGUUUUGUGUUUUAUUGUUUCACUAUUUCAUAAUGAUAAUUGCUACAAUGAUGGGGAGUUGUCUUUUCUCUUACUGUGCCACAGAACAACACACAAACUUGUAUUUUUAUUGUUAUUAUUUUUAAAGUAAAGUAACGUGUUACUAGUUACUUUUAUAAUUUAGUAACUAACAAAGUAACUAGUUACUUUUUUGAGAGCAGUAACUAUAACUAUUACUAGUUACUUAUUAAAAGUAACUUGCCCAACACUGUUCAUGCUGUAAAAGUGUGCCUUUUAACAUGGAUGGCCAUGGAGAUUGACAGCACACACCUACACAAAGUGGAACCAGUGGGAAUACACGUGUGCAAAACAAAUUAUCAUUAAGAAAAUGCCUUCAUGUAUGCACCAUCCUUAAAUAACUUUUGCGGCAAAAUUAACCAAACAAAAAAGUUCUCCAGAGGGAAAUAUCAGUUCAUCACAUUAAUUACUUUUUCGGUGAAAGACAGUUUUUCCAGUUUCAUCAUGAUUUUCAGAUGUGCAGUUACCUCAACUGCACAACUGAAAAUCAUGAUGAAACUUACGAUAGCUUAAGUUGUGUGAAAAUGUCAGUCCUUGGAGCUUCACAUAUAUGGAGAUAACUUCCUGCCAUAACUCCACAAACAAACUAAACAUCUUUUACAAAUGCCCUUUGAUUCACUAAGAAUUGCAUUUAGUUUUGCAUUCGGUAUUCUGAUUCUGAUUUGCAAAUGAAAAAUGUACCUAUCAAAUAAACACCACUUUUUUCUAAUAAA